AUGGUUCUGAACGCUGCUUGUCAGGACGAAGAAGGUGGAGCAGAGGACAGCGACUUGGGAGAAGAGCAAAUCAUUGCUGUUACAGCUGCUGUGGCAAAGAGGGUUGCUGUGACUGCGUCAGAGAGGGCUGCUGCAACUGCGGCAAAGAGGGCUGCUGCAGCUACUGCGGCAGAGAGGGCUGUUGUGGCUAUUGUGGUAGAGAGAGCUGCUGCGGCAAAGAGAGCUGCUGCGGUUGCUACGGCAAAGAGAGCUACUACUGCGGCUGCUGCGACAAAGAGAGCUGUUGCGGCUGCUGCGGCAAAGAGAGUUGCUGUGGCUGCAGUAGAGAGGGCUGCUACGAUUGCUAUGUCAAAGAUGGCGGCAACGGCUCGCUCGAGCGAGAUGCGGGAACGAGGAUAG